AUGGCGCGCCUGAACUCCUGCGAGGAGCCUACAAUGAAGGACGUCAACGUCUGCACAGGAGAAAUUCCCAACUUCAAUCGAAAAACAGAUGCAUGCACGUCUCCCCCCAGUAUGUGCGUCAAGAUCCCAUCUCUUAAGCGUCAAGCCGACCUCAAGAAAUUUACUGGGGCUGGGAAGCCCGUGAAGGAGUGGUGGAUUUGGAGCGUGCAGACGAACUGGCGGCUGUUGAUAACCCCGCAAAUCAGCUGCGCUGACGACCCUCCCUUUGCUGCACUAGUCACGAUGACAGGGGCAGCAGAUGCAGAGGCGCGGGCGGUGGUCCGGAGCACUUGGGGUGGCGUCAGUCGUGUAGGCACCAGGCGGGUGCGGGUAUUCUUCGUUUUGGGAACUGUGGGGUCACAGGAGGUGCAGCAAGCGGUGGAGAAGGAGGCAGCGACGUACGACGACAUCCUGCAGCAUUCAGCCCCUGACAAAUACCGCAAUUUAACCCACAAGACCAUUACGGCGUUCCGCUGGGUCGCAAACGCCUGUCCCCAGGCCAAGUUCCUUGUAAAGGCAGACGCAGAUGUGUUUAUGGACAUAAAUAAACUGCUGGGGUACUUGAAUGCUCACCAAGACGAAACAGAUCUAGCAGCUGGGGUGCUGCGCACGAACGCAGUAGUCAUACGAGACCCCAAGAACCGAAACUAUGAAGACCCAGGUGUAUACAGUCCAGCAACGUAUCCGCCAUAUCUCUCGGGUCCUCUGUACAUCAUUUCUAACGACUUAGUCGCAAAAAUAGCAGCUGUUGCCAAGUGGUUGCCGGUAUUGAGCAACGAAGACUGCUUCGUAGGCACCUGUUUGCAGGCCUUGGGCGUGAAGCCUCAGUCCUGCGCUCCGGCUGUUAUCAUUGAUGUAUUUUUCAACGACUCUAGUGAUAUUUCCGACAUUAGAAAGUGGAUGGCCGUUCAUCCCAUUGUCAAAGAAAGGCUCCUUACCCUGUGGGGAGAGCUGCACUGA